AUGAUUGCUACUCCUGUAGAAGCGGCAGUAUGUCUGAGAGAACUCGAUCAAGAAUUUCAAAGAGCAUUGCGUAGGCUUCUACCCCUUCUCACAAUACCGUCGUCUAACCUAUCCAGCUGUCGCAGAUGCCACGGCAGGAAGGUCAAGUGCUCUGGGGGAGUCCCUUGCACGAACUGUCGCCAGGCAAAUAAAGCAGCCGAAUGCAUAUAUCCCCGCAAGUCACGGCUGGUUAAAGUCAGCGAGCAAUAUAUCGAGGACCUGGUUUCCGAGAACCAGCGACUGCGGAGCUCGUCUUCGGGGCCUUUAAAUGAAGACAGCAAUACCCUAGAAAAGGCCCCUGUUGUCGCUGAGGUUCCCUGGUUUGUUAAUGCAGAUGCCCUUGACACACCAAUACUGGUCGCCGAAGCCUCCGAUUCGGCUUUUGCAACACGUUUUCGGCAGGCCAUGUCAAAUGCCCAGCAUGGCCAUCUACCUCGAGUGAACUUCCCCACUGAUGAGCAGCUGCUGGCAUUGUCCGAUAAGCCAUGUCCAUGGCCUACGCCCGCUCGUGCACGCCUUCUUGUCCGAGCAGCCGUGAGUGGCCUGGGGAGAUGCUAUCAUAUUGUUCGACGAAGUUCGAUCCUGCAGGACGUUGAAUCCUCCAUCCAAAACCACUCACAAACAGGAUUGAUCAUGAAGAGUAAACUUUGGGCUGUUUUUGCGAUUGGCGAGAUGUACACGACCAGGACGUCGGCCUCAGAGCGAACUUUCCCCGGUCUGCACUACUUCUGCAGGGCAACGAACGUAAUUAGGAUGGUCAGCGAACGGCCUAGUGUGGAUAUGGUUGAAAUCCAGCUGCUUCUGUCUAUAUACUCGCUCUUCCUCAACAGACGGCACGCAGCGUACAGUCUAGCCGGCUCUGCAGUACGCCUAGGAGUGAUAAUGGGACUACACCUCAACAUCCCCGAGUCACAGCUCAGCGACUUGGCCGAACGCGAGCAUCGCAAUCGCAUCUGGUGGACGGCCUACACUCUCGAGCGUAUGUGGGCAGCGAAACUGGGAUAUCCAUCUGCGAUCCAAGACGAAGACAUCGAGGUGGAUCUGCCAUCAAAUCCGGAAUUUGUCGAUGAUAGCACCACAUUGGACUUUGCAGACUGUGCAUAUUUCAUCGCCCGAGUAGGUCUUGCCAGGCUAUCCACCCGCAUUAUCCACUCUAUAUACCUCCACAAGGCGGACGCACCAUCCUUAUCACACCGGGUGCAAGACUGUUUUGCAGACCUUCGACGAUGGCUGAAAGAAUUGCCGGUGUCACUCCAGAUUGAGGCGAAAGAAGAAGAGUUGGACCCCAGGGUCAGGUCACUUCAUCUCCUAUUCAACCAGCUCGUUAUUAUUGCCACGCGACCAGUUCUCCUCCACGUCCUUCGCACACGACUCGAAGCCAAUGAACAAAAUCCCAGCAUCGAAGCGAAUAUUCCAGCAUCUGCUACUGCAUUAUCUGAGACCUGUAUUCGCUGUGCUCGGCACUCAUGUCGUCUGCUGGCGGAUAGCUGGACGAACGGGACAUUCAUGAUAUUCGACUACUUUUAUACCCAAUACCUCUUCGCAUCUGCUACUGUCCUAAGCAUAUCGACACUACUUCAUGGCAAGGAGCGUCAGAGCGACGAAGAGCAGUUCGAAGUUGCAGCCGGCUUCCUCCAGCAACUCCGAGACAGUGGUAACUAUGCAGCUGCCGAGUUCUACCAACACCUUGAAGCGGCCAUUCCUUUGAUGGACAUAAUAAAGGCGCGUUCUGGCAUGCAUGACGACCUUGAGGGGUCCUCAUCGACUGUGACUGAUUUCAUGACUGCUGGGACGGCACUUUCUGAUCCGUUAUUGCAGGAUCUGCUGGAUCAGCCUCUGACGGACCUUGAGUUUAUUGAUUCGUCUAUGUACCUGGACGACCAACAGGGGUUCUACUGGCCGAGUGCCACAUUAUAGGAAGAUUUGGCCCUAGUAGCAUGAAUUAUAUGAAUUCCGCUGGCAAGAGCAAAAAUGAGUGGCAAAGUAUUGUCUCUGACAGACCAGCUGAC